AUGACCGACCUCUUAAGAAGUGUUGUCACCGUCAUUGAUAUUUUCUACAAAUACACCAACAAAGAUGGGGAAUGUGGCACACUGAGCAAGGAUGAGCUAAAGGAACUUCUAGAAAAAGAGUUUCGGCCAAUUCUGAAGAACCCAGAUAAUCCAGACACGGUGGAGGUCAUUAUGCAUAUGCUGGAUCGAGAUCAUGACCGAAGACUGGACUUUACUGAGUUUCUUCUGAUGGUAUUCAAGCUGGCUAUGGCCUGCAACAACGUUCUUAGCAAAGAAUACUGCAAAACUUCAGGGUCAAAGAAGCAGAAGCGUAGUCAUGGCCGCCAGCACCAAAAGAAAGAAGGUGAAACAGAAGAAGAAGAUGAGAAUACAUCUGAACAGAAAUCAGGUUCUAGAAAUUCAAGUUGGAGUGAGGGAGAGGAGCAUGGUUCUGAGGGCUUGAGGGGAACUGCGAAACAUAGACAUAGAUCCCACUCCAAAAGGCUGGGAAGGAAAGGUAGUGUAUCUAGCUCAGAGAAACAAGGAUUUGAGAAAAGGCGCCAUGGGUCUAGCUCUGGCGACUCAGUUAGCCCCUCUAGGGAAUCUGGGGAGGAAUAUGAAUCUGAAUCUGGAUUUAAGAGCGGGGAAAGAAAAGGUCAUGAUGGUCUGUCAUAUGGAUUAGAGGCUAUUGCUUUUAGCUCUAAAGGUUCAGGAGAUAGUGGGAGACAAAGCUAUGCAUGUGAUUCCAUCAACUCAAGUGGGUGUGGAGGAAGACAAAAUGUUUCCAGCUCCUGUCAGGCAGGCAGAUAUGGAAGGCAAGGAAAUAUAUCUAGCUGUAUUCAGUCAGGUUGUCAAUCACGAAAUAGUGGAGGACAAGGUCAGAGAUGCAUCUCAAGAGGUCAGUCCUCUGGAUAUGGCCAAUGUAGGCCUCGCUCCUGUAGCCCAUCUUCUUGUCAUAGAAGAAGACAUGGAUCCCCGGCAUGUUGUCGACCACGGAACUGUUGUCAACCACAGAACUGUGGAAGACAACAGGGAAGAAGAUCAAGACAGUCCUCUUGCUGUAGCCAAUAUGGGUCUGGAGCAAGUCAGUCUUCUAAUUGUGGUCAACACGGAAGAAGAUCAAGACAGUCCUCAUCAAGUCAGUCUUCUAAUUGUGGUCAACAAGGUUCUGGCUCAGGUCAGUCCUCAGGCUCUGGACAACAUGGGUCUGGCUCAGGUCAGUCCUCAGGUUUUGGACAACAUGGAUCUGGCUCAGGCCAGUCCUCAGGCUUUGGACAACACAAGUCUGGAUCAGGUCAGUCCUCAGGUUUCAAACAACAUGGGUCUAGCUCAGGUCAGUCCUCAGGUUCUGGACAACAUGGGUCCAGUUCAGGUCAGUCGUCUGGCCAUGGCCAACAAGGAUCUGGCUCAGGCCAGUCCUCAGGCUUCAAACAACAUGGGUCUAGCUCAGGACAGUCAUCUGGUUUUGGAAAACAUGGGUCUAGCUCAGGUCAGUCAUCUGGUUUUGGACAACAUGGUUCUGGCUCAGGUCAGUCCUCUGGUUAUGGCCAACACAGAUCUGGCUCAGGCCAGUCCUCAGGCUCUGGGAAACACGGGUCUAGCUCAGGACAGUCAUCUGGUUUUGGAAAACAUGGGUCUGGCUCAGGACAGUCCUCUGGUUAUGGUCAACAUGGUUCCGGCUCAGGACAGUCCUCUAGUUAUGGUCAACAUGGUUCCGGCUCAGGUCAGUCUUCUUAUGGUCAACAUGGUUCUGGCUCAGGUCAGUCCUCUAGUUAUGGUCAACAUGGUUCUGGCUCAGGUCAGUCUUCUUACGGUCAACAUGGUUCUAGCUCAUGUCAGUCCUCUAGUUACGGUCAACAUGGUUCCGGCUCAGAUCAGUCUUCUUACGGUCAACAUGGUUCCGGCUCAGGUCAGUCUUCUUAUGGUCAACAUGGAUCUGGCUCAGGUCAGUCUUCUUAUGGUCAACAUGGAUCUGGCUCAGGUCAGUCAUCUGGCCGUGGUCAAUAUGGGUCUGGCUCAGGUCAGUCCUCAGGCUCUGGAAAACACAGGUCUAGCUCAGUCCUCUGGCUCUGGAAAACACAGGUCUAG